AUGACCGAGACUAUCAGCCUGGGUACUUUGAGUAGCAUUCCAGUCCCUCUCGAAGACGAGCCGGAGAUUGCCUUUGCCAGCUUUGAUGCCACUGAUGUCCCAGACGGCAAGAAGCUGUUGGCCGAGGAAUCUAAGGUUGAGCCGUCCGUCUGGUUUGUAAAUUUCCCCGACAAAAGCGCGAUCGAAGAGAAACACGCUCUACGGGACUUUUUACAGGACACGACCAACUACCGCACCUGGGCGAGUUCUAAAUGGUGGUCUGCGGUAUUGAAUCAUCCCAAAGUUCCUCAGGGUUACAGCCCCGAGGCAAUUGGCAAACGCAGUUCUUUUUUUGCCAGAUACGCUUCGAAUCAUAUGAAGAAGACUCCAUGGCUUGCAAUGCACCAAGAAAACGACCGCACCCAAACCUUCAACUGCAAAACUACCGAAUUCCAUACCGAGAUCAUUAAAAGUGUUCUUGCCGGAUUUGUCGAUGUGCCACUGAGCGCUCUCAAAAGUCUGGAAGGGAUUCUGGAUUCUCUAUCCAAGUCGAUGGAGCAAAGUGCAGUAGACAAAUCCGACAAACUGGUUGUCUGUGAGAGAUUUGAAUAUAUCCCCCAAGCGGAUGCCAUUAAAUCAUACAUUCGCCUCAUUCACUUUGCUACGAACAACGAAACGAAGGUUAUCAACAAUGCCAAAAAGAAAGAGAGCUCUAUUUCAUGCGAAAUCAAAUACAGCGACUACGAGGCCGAAUUCAAUCAAAAGAAUUGGAAGGUAGCGGGGGCGUUGGUCGAUGAAAGAAUGAGAGAUGACAUGAAGAAGUUCCUUGACAACAAUGAGAUUGAUUGCGAUCCCGAAUAG